CUCUCUGUCUUCCUCUCUCAGGGGAGGGCUCAGUGUGUGUGCAUUUAAGUGAGCGCAGUGUUAAAAGAUGACACACACAUUAAUGGGUGAUGAAGGGACGUUCUGCUGAAAAUCCUCCUGUGGAAUUUAGCAGGUUUGGGGGGAAAGGUGGCAUCAAUUGGUCAUGAAGAUACUGAGGUGGAUCUACAGGAUCCGGGUGAGGAGGUGGAAGCUGGAGAUGGCAGCUGUAUUCAUCACUGGCACUUUUUGCUUGUUCAUACUGCUGAGAACAAACAUCCAGGACAAGAGCCAAGAGGAGCUUGCAUCAGAAUAUGAAUGGAAUCUGGAAAUCGACGCUUGGAAAAAUCAAGCUUUUCCAAGUUUACCACCCAAAUGUGAACAGAACUCAUCUGCUUCCAACAUCAGUGGAUUUUCCUCCUUGCCCCAACGCAUUCAAGACUUCCUGUAUUACCGCCAUUGUCGGCAUUUCCCGAUGUUGCUCAACGUUCCUGGCAAGUGUGGUGGCCCUGAGCGAUCUUCAGACGUGUUUCUUUUGUUGGUCAUCAAGAGUUCUCCACCCAAUUACGAGAGACGGGAGGUGUUGCGGAAAACAUGGGCUGCCGAGAGGCUGCAGAGCGGCGUUUGGAUUCGUACCGUGUUUAUAUCCGGGACUGCUGGACAGAGCUUUGAGAAGCAGAGGCUGAACAAACUCCUGGAAGUGGAGAACCGUGAACAUAAGGACAUUCUGCAGUGGGACUUUCAUGAUUCCUUCUUCAACCUCACACUCAAGCAGAUCCUUUUUUUGGAAUGGAUGGAGAAAUUUUGCCCCAACGCCCACUUCCUGCUCAACGGGGAUGAUGACAUUUUCGCCAACACGGAUAACAUGGUGGUGUAUCUCCAAGGGUUGGAGGGUGAUGGUGCCAGCAAACACUUGUUUGUUGGCCAUCUAAUCCAGUAUGUUGGACCAAUCAGGAAUGAGGCCAGCAAAUAUUAUGUCCCGGUCCAAGUGCAGGAAUCUGAUAGGUAUCCUCCCUAUUGUGGCGGAGGAGGCUUCCUGCUUUCACGUUUUACUGCCAAGACCAUCUACAAUGUGUCUCACUCCAUCACUAUUCUGCCCAUAGAUGAUGUUUACAUGGGAAUGUGUCUGGAGAAAGCUGGACUGAAACCCUCAUCCCACCUGGGUGUUCGGACAGCCGGCCUACACAUUCCCUCCAAAAGGCUGGACCCUUAUGACCCUUGCUAUUACCGAGAAAUGAUCCUAGUUCACAGAUUCCUGCCUCAUCAAAUUUAUAUCAUGUGGUAUGAAGUCCACCAGCAAAAUCUCAAAUGUGGAAAGUCAUUCAUUCCUCGUUAA